AUGAGGACUGUAAAAGGUUUCUGGGUUCUUUUCAUGCUACAUCUAUAUUUCUUCGACUCUGGAAGAACUGGGAAAAUACUUGUGUGGCCCUUGGAUUUUAGUCACUGGAUUAAUUUAAAAGUUAUCCUGGAUCAACUCCAGCUUCAUGGGCAUGAGGUAACUGUCCUGGUACCUUCACCAAGUUAUCUGUUUGAUCAUACCAAGAUUCCCUUUAAUGUGGAGAUCCUUCAACUUCCAGUAACUAAAGAAACUCUCAUGGAAGAGCUCAAUGGUAUUCUCUAUGAUGUUUCCUUUGAACUGCCAAAACUUUCAUGGUGGAGCAUGCAAGGAAAACUGACAGAACUUGUCUACAGGUUUUCUAGGACAGCCAAAAGAAUGUGUGAGAGUGCUGUCACAAAUAAGGAGUUACUCAGCAGGCUACAAGCAGCUAAGUUUGAUAUCUGUUUAGCUGAUCCCUUAAGCUUUUGUGGGGAAUUGUUGGCUGAGCUCCUCAAUAUUCCAUUUAUAUACUCUUUUCGAUUUUCUUAUGGGAAUGUCAUUGAGAGACUGUGUGCUCAGCUUCCUAUCCCUUCUUCAUAUGUUCCUGGCAUCACAUCAGGAUUGACAGACCGCAUGACUUUUGUACAGAGACUAGAGAAUUGGUUACUGUACAUAGUGACUGAUAUUAUGUUUUUAUAUUUUGUAUUUCCGGAAUGGGAUGACUAUUACAGCAAGGCUUUAGGAAAACCUGCCACAUUAUGUGAGAUUAUGGGGAAAGCUGAAAUGUGGUUGAUUCGAACUUACUGGGAUAUUGAAUUUCCUUACCCUUAUUUACCUAACAUUGAAUUUGUUGGAGGACUGCACUGCAAGCCCGCAAAGCCCCUACCGAAGGAGUUAGAAGAGUUUGUCCAAAGCUCUGGAAAGGAUGGAGUUGUGGUAUUUACUCUGGGUUCAAUGAUCAAAAACCUCACAGAAGAAAAGUCUAAUCUAAUUGCAUCAGCCCUUGCCCAGAUUCCACAGAAGGUUCUGUGGAGAUACACAGGAAAGAAACCAGACACGUUAGGACCCAAUACCCGGCUAUAUGAAUGGAUUCCCCAGAAUGAUCUUCUUGGUCAUCCCAAGACCAGAGCUUUUAUCACUCACUGUGGAACCAAUGGGAUCUAUGAAGCUAUUUACCAUGGGGUCCCUAUGGUGGGAAUUCCCAUAUUUGGUGAUCAGUAUGAUAAUAUUGCUCGUGUGAAAGCCAAAGGGGCAGCUCUUAAAGUAGACUUACAUACAAUGACAAGUUCCGAUCUACUUAACGCUUUGAAGGCAGUUAUUAACAACCCUUCCUAUAAAGAGAACGCUAUGAGGUUAUCAAGAAUUCACCAUGAUCAGCCUACAAAGCCCUUGGAUCGAGCAGUCUUCUGGAUCGAGUUUGUCAUGCGCCACAAAGGAGCCAAACACCUUCGGCCAACCUCCCAUGACCUCACCUGGGUCCAGUACCACUCGUUGGAUGUGAUUGGGUUCCUGCUGGCCUGUGUGGCUACUACUAUAUUCCUGGUCACAAAAUGUUGCCUGUUUUGUUGCUGGAAAUGUGGUAAGACAGGGAAGAAGAACAAGAGAGAAUAG